AAGCGACAUCUACUAAUUCGGUCAAGGACUGUAACCAAGCCUAGAAAUUUCGGCGUGGUCCAUGCGUAGACUUCCACGGUAGUUACCAAAAUGACGAUGCCAGCAGACCAGGUUAAACUCCUGCGGGAGUUCACACAGUUGUGCAAAGUUAACUCCGACAUCCUCCAUUUACCGGAACUAGCUUUCUACAGAGACUGGCUUUCAAGCAUGGGAGCCACUAUUCCUCCACUCAAGGAAACACCUAAGACUGAACCUCCUCCAAAAGCUGAGCCUACUCCUGAACCAAAGAUGGAAGAAGAGGCGGAACCAGAAGAGGAAGACGUUGAGAGUGAUGUUGAACUUGACGAGUCUGGUGUGGUAAAAGAUGAAGAUGGCGAGCUUCCAGAAUAUGCUGAUGAGAACACAGAAGUAACAGAAGAAAUGAUUGAUAUAGCAAACGAUAGACGCAAUGAGGCCAUGGACGCUGCAAAUGAUGGUCGACUAGAUGAGGCAGUGAAGCUGUACACAGAAGGCAUCAAGAACAACCCCUUGUCUGCUGCCAUGUAUGCCAAGAGGGCUAAGGUAUUUCUUCAGCUCAACAAACCAAACAAAGCGAUUCACGACAGUACGAAAGCUAUAGAGCUGAAUCCUGACUCUGCUCCGGGCUACAAGUGGAGAGGGAAGGCCUACAGGAUGCUGGGUCAGUGGGAGAACGCCUACCACGACCUCACACUCGCGUGCAAGCUGGACUACGACGACGAUGCCAACGCUCUGCUCCAUGAUGUGACUCCCAAUGCCAAAAAGAUCAUGGAGCACAAUCGUAGAUACCAGAGGAAGAGAGAAGAGAAAGAGCUGAAGGCACGCAAGGAGAAAAUCCGCAAGGCCAGAGAGGAAUACGAACAGCAGAAAAAGGAACAGAGCCAACAGAGUGGAGGGACCAGUGCAGAGGGAUUUCCUGGAGGUUUCCCAGGUGGUUUCCCAGGUGGUGGCGGCAUGGCAGGCAUGCCUGAUCUCAACCAGCUGCUCAGUGACCCUGAACUGAUGCAGGCUUUCCAGGACCCUGAGGUUGUCCAAGCAUUCCAAGAUGUUGCCGCUAACCCAGCCAAUGUCUCCAAGUAUCAGAACAACCCCAAAGUGCAGGCUGUCAUCAACAAGAUGGCUUCCAGGUUUGGCAGCGGUGGCAGCGGCGGUGGUGGCGGCGGUGGCGGCGGCGGUGGUGAUGGCAGCAGUGGUGAAGCAGGAGGUCCAGGAGGACCAGGAGGACCAGGCGGAGGGUUUCCAGGCGGAUUUCCAGGGGGAUUCCCUGGCCCAAAUAUGUCUUAAACGCUCAAAGAACACAGUCCAUGGGCACCACCAUUAUUGGAGACUGUUAAUGACAAUGGGCAAUCAGCAGAUUUUAUACAGUUUCUUAAUGAUGUUUACAAGGAGCUUCCUUAAUAGUAAUUAUGAAUAUUUUAAAGAUAAGUUUCGACCUCGCAUUUUGAUUUGUUAUUGAUAUUAUGUUUUUGAAAAAUGUCCAAAAUAUUAACUUUUCAGCUGAUUUGGUUCAUUUGUCCUUUUGUCUUAAAAAUAGUUGAUGUUGAAUUUAUGCAUGAACAACAAUGAUGCAUUUGAUGGCUGCAAUUUUACUAUAUUCGUCUGUCCAUGUCACUCAAUGAGUAUGCAACAGUAUUUUCAGUAAAACUGUUUAUUGUAAUUCCACAUUUCCUAUGAAAGAAAGAAUUCAUGAAGAAAAAUAAAAAAUUUGGUGUUAGAAGUUCAUUCUCACAUACAAUUGGAGUAAAAAUGAAUCAAAUUUGCAUUGUUUAAAGAGAACACUCUGUACUAUUCAAAAAAAAGGUUAAGGACCAUCCUGUUUGUAAAGUAUCUUUACAAGUAAUAUGAAAAAAUUGACUGGUCCAUAACUUUGUUUUGAUUCAGUAUAUUUGUUAUGUUAAUGUCAUUGCUGCUGUUUUAGAUACUUGUACAUAGCUUGUAUCUUGAUGGUUGUCAUGUAGCAUGGUUCUUUAAAAAACUGAAAAUUUCUUUUCUUUCUUUAAAAAACAUGUAAUGAUUUGUUUUCAAACCAGACUGUUUCUUCCUUGCAAAUAGAUGUUUAUUUUAGGUUUGUUAUUUUGAUAUAAUUUGAAUGAAGACAUACCAUGCCACUUACAGAUUUGUCAAAUGUUCAUUAAUCAUAUUGUCUGUUGUCUGUAUUGUUGAAAUAAUUAAAUGAGUCAGUUUGUAUUGUAUCAAAUAAUUGUCACAAUUUCAAACCGGUCAAGCUCAACAUAAUUUAUCCAUGUAGAUCUUGUUUAAUUAGUGACUCUAGAUUUUGUUCUAAAUAUACUACUAAAAUAUAGUGAGUUCACCAUAUGCUUUCAUUUUGCUACUGUACGCCACUUUAUAUGAAGGUAUUCUGUAGCAGAUGUAUCACAUUCAAGUUGUAUAUAUAUAUCCCAAUAUAUUUCCUAGAAAUGUGGUGUAUUACUGUGUAGCUGUUGGUUGUAUUAGAGUUUCCUUGUUAGACUUGCAUCUAUGAUGUUCAGUAGUUCACUAUUCAACGUUUGUAAUAAAAUAAACAAAAUCCUUGAAGUCA